AUGGGACAAUGGGAGUUAAGCAACUAUGUACAUGAGGGUGAUAAGAACAGAGUAAACAAGAGAGCAGUAGUUAUAGACAAAUACAUAACCGGUAAUUUCAAUGGCUACGAGGGACCAUUAGGAGGUUACAUUGAGAUUACCAAACUGGAGUCAAUGUCACCACUGGAUAUCUGGCCACAAUAUACUUCUGUCCUUAAUCAUGCUAAUCUAGACCGAUCCAAUACUACCACUACUGCCGCAUCUGACGACCAAGGGGUUGCGUCUGAUGACCGUUCGUCUAACGACCAAGGUGUAUCUGCCCGUUCUAGCUCUGUUGCUCACAUUUCGGGCCCACCUGAUAAACCCCUGGCUGUCGAUCGGCCCAAUGUCGUGGCGGUGCGGCUUAACUUAUCUCUAGCCGUCAUGCUUUACCUGAUACCCAUCAUGAAUGAAGUUAAUGCCAACCGAGCCACCUUGGAAAGCUUUGAACCACCGCCUUCACCGCCACCAGAAGAUGACGCUCUUCCGGGAACUAUAACCGCUUGGAACGAUGCGAUUGCCGCUAAGGCGGAAGCCGCUUCACACGCGCUGAAGGCCAAACUUAAAGAGGCCUUCGUGAUAUUCGAGGUGCACACCGACGAUCUAGGUGCUGACCAUGUCAUGCUUAGAGACGACGAGAGCCUCUAUCACUCUAUGGAAGACGAACAGGAAGGUGAACAGGAAGGUGAACAGGAAGGUGAACAGGAAGGUAGAUCCUUUAGUGAAGAUGGCAAUGCGGCGGCUGAGCUGUCCUCUGACAGCAGUCCCGAUUCGGACCCGACAUUGGCUGACCCGAUGCUGGCUGAAGGGGCUAAUUCUAUCGAAAUUGAGACGACAGAAAUCAGGAUUGUGGGAGGCGCUCCGGGCGCUGACAGGAGAACCAAUGAAGGGUUGGUCGAUUUGACAGGUGAGGGGGAGGAUUUGGAAGAUGCACUAUCACGCGAUGGGAGGGGCUUGGAUGAUGGGAAGAGUGGUGGAGUUAACGUUGAUUCUGACAAGACAAGUAGUCGUUCUGACAAAGCAAGCAGGCGCUCUGAUAUGGCUGCCGGGGGGGUAGUAGAGGCGUCUGGUUGGCGGAGUGAAAGCCGUCUUAAGGUGUUUGAUUCGGUUUUAUAUCGGCGUGAGGGUGUAUCCGUUUUCGAUCCAAAGACAAGUGCGUUAAUGGAGUUAACGUUGAAGCCAACUCCGCCGGGAAGAGCGUCGCCAAACGUGUUGCCUGAGGGAGAAGACGAGACGGUGGCCAGAGAGACGGAGAAGGAACGCAACCCAAACUAUCAUCGGAAGCGUCGACUGUUGUUACGCUGCUUGUUGUGUUGCAGACGUCUCCCCAUCAAAGCUCCGGGAGGCAGUGCUGAGGCAUCGGCUGGUACGCCUGCGGGAGCGUCCACCAACGAGUCAUUUAGCGGAAGAUUUAGCGAUAGCGAAAAACCGGGGGAACGACCGGACGGGCCGCUAAGACAAGCGUCGUCCCUGCGAGUCGCUCUGAGACCGAAUGGAUCGGAAGGACCCGUCGUGGUGGCCGCAGGGACAGUGACCUCACUGCAGGCCACCGAAACACUGCAGGCCACCGAGACAUUGCGUAAGUGGCUCGUGUGGUUAGUCAAGAUUCUUCAAUCUGCACAACAAGUUUGUAUCGUCGAGGUCCGACUACCUCAUGACAUGUCCGACUAUAACAAACUGGAACUACAGGGUAUGCUUCACAGAGGCGCAAGCUGCCUCAAUGAUCAGGGGCGAAUAGGGGAAGAAGUGGUGAAUCAAGUGAAGUCCACGUUCGAGAAGGUUCUGCUUUCCUACGUGGACAACCAACUAGCCACGGACCAAGUUGCCAGCAACCAAGUUGCCAGCAACCAAGUUGCCAGCAACCAAGUUGCCAGCAGCCCACCUGCCAGUACCCCACCUGCCAGUACCCCACCUGCCACGAGCCAUCUUACCGAAUCCUCCGGUGCUAAACCCACUGCUGAGUGUCCGGUUGAGGGGGUUGCGGCUGAGGGGGGUGCGGCUGAGGGAGGUGUAGAGACAGCCCCAGUCGGAGGCUCGGACUCGGCGACGGAACAGUUGCUGGUGGCUACGGUUCAGGCGAGGACGCAGGUAGUUGUGUGUCGUAACGAGGAAGGUGUGUAUGAGCAAUUGCUAAAUUACGGUCCUGCGAUGGACUGUUUGAUUACCCGUAGGCCGUUGGAGCGCGGGGCGCAUCUGUACCGUCGGAUUCGGGAGACUGGAGCUCUGGGUUUAAUGACGCAUCAUGGCAUCUACGUGGGUCGUGGCGACGUGAUCCACUUUAGCGGGAAUGAGAGUGCAUUAAGCACGUUGCUUGUCCCGAAUAAGGAACUGACGCAUUUGCGCAAGGCGAGUCUUCGAUCCUUCAUGGACGGGCAUCGAGUUGUGCGAGUACGCAAUUACGUGCGAGCAAGGAACGAGCCCCUCAUCGGUCCUGAGGACACACCCAUCUACAAGUCAGGACAACCUUGGGUGAUUGAGGCCGAUGUUUUGAUCGAAAACGCAGCGAGACGAGCCGAGUUCGCCUACUGCGGUUUCCAUGAAUAUCCCGACUUCCCAUUCCCUUCCUACAAUCUAUUCCUCAGCAACUGCGAACACUUCGCUACUUGGUGCUCCACCGGUUCUGCCUUCUCGCUACAGGUCCGGGGCAUCUCUACUGGGAUCAAAGGCUUCUUCAAAGGCUUUAACAGCUGA